UUUGUCUGUAGUCUAUGGAAAACUAACCUCAGAAAGAGGAAGUUCGUGUUUGAAUCUCGAAACUCAGUGAAACUCGGUUAAAUCGAGACUCCCUACCAGUGCAGUGGUUUUCAACGUGGGCGACACCACGCUGAUAAAUGGAGACGUUGGAUGGGAGCCGGCGACUGAUCCGUGAAUGGGAAACCAUCGGCAUGGAGGAAGACGACAGCUGCUGCUGCUGCUGCGAGAGGGAGGCAGGACUUCAUCGGCAAAACACUUUGAUUCAGCUUCUCCGCCAGAAAGAGUCACGAUUACAGCGAAUGGCUCGGUUUUUAGCCGUGGCGCUCCUUCUACUGGUUUUAGCUGCUCUGGCUUUACUGGUCACGGUUGUACUUAAAGGGCGAGGUCAUCAGUCACCGGACAGCCAGCCCAUGAAGCAGCCUGACAGCCAUUCAUCAGGUGUCAGCGUCAAACAGCAGCAGUUUAUGGACUUCAAAAAUCCAAGCGCCAUGUUAACAGCUCCAGAUGGCAGUAACAUUGAUGGGGAAUACCUUCAAUGGGAGAGUAAGAAAGGAAAUGCCCACUGUCAUGGAGGUUUCAACUACUCUGGUGGGAACCUUGUGGUGCCAAGAAACGGCAUCUACAGAGUCUUCCUGCAGAUCACCUAUGAGAGUAAGCUCGGCCCUAAGUGCGAUCGAGAUGUUAGACUCACCAUCAACGUGUUUCGUAUCGCGGAUAGUUACAAUGACAAUGUGCUUAUCCUGUCAUCAUUCGACACAGUGAGUUGCAGCAUGGAGCAUUGGCGUAAAACCCUCUAUACAGCUGGCUCAUUUUCCCUGGAGGCUAACAGUAGACUACGCGUGAAAUCAGCGCACUCUGAACAUAUUGUUAACCAAGAAGACCUAGUGUUCUUUGGUGCUGAACUUCUGCCUCAGUAAUCUGAUCAGACAGUUAGAAACACCUAAAUUAAUAAUGAUGUUGAUUGCACCUUCCACUUCAUUAAAACUUAAGAGAGGAAGCCAGUAUAGUUAUGGUUUCCUUCUACUAUUACAGCUAAUGAAAAGUCUAAACCCACAGAUGAAUUUGCAACAGCAAGAAGCUACUAGUAUCUGUUCGAAAGCAGGUUUGCUUUAUCUCAUUGAAAAUAUUAGCUGCUAACUCAUUAAUAACAGCUCACAGAGACAUACUGCUGCCUUAGCAAUUAUUCUACUAUGAUACAUCAUCUCAGAAAGUUUGUAUAUUUCCUAAGAACAUCCCUAACAUUUGUAACUCCAUAGCCUUUUGACAAAAUAAGCACUGCCAACUGUAAUAAAUAUAUCAUAACUUAUAUGUUUGGAAUAAAAAUAGGCGUUUUGUCAUGAUCUUUAGUGCAGAAACAAUUAGUCAUUUAAGUGAUCACCAGAAAAUGAAUCAACUAUUUUGAAAAAAGGAGUUUAUUAAUCAAGAAAAAAAUAAUUCAAUCUUCUUAUAGGUGAAAAUCUGUGUUUUAUAACAUUGAAUAUGAUUCUGAUUCACAGUAGAAUGUGAACCUUGGGUUCUGAAAAUAGUGAUGGGCCUUUUAAAGUAUUUUCUGACAUUUUAAAGAGUAAAAAAAUCAGUAAACCAAAAGAUAAUGGACAGAUUGAUCUGCCGUCUUGACAAUGGCACAAGAAAAAAUAGAAAAGGUUUAUUCCCUUGGGAGCAUGAAAGUGCUCAGAUAUAUCAUGGCAAUGUGGUUAUCAGAUUUUAAUAUUAAUUGUUUACAACUGAAAAAUUCAGAGGGUCACCUUAACCAUUAGGUUUCAUUCUCUGGGGAAUAUGAAAUUCCACAGCUUAUUUUGCAGAAUUCCUAAUGUUAGUUUUGUGCUGUUGUUGGGGCUAUAAAGGCCUUGUUUUGGAGAGAUAUCCUGCUCUAAAAUGUUGGACAGACUCCAGAUUGAUCAAAUCAUGCCAUAUUUGUUAGGCCACCAUCCUUGAGUUUUUCCCCACUUUUAAAGACUACUGUACUGUACCAAGCAUGGCUGUGUUGUUAUAUAUGUAGGACUCCAGGGAAUAAAUGACUCCAAAUGCAGUCAUUAAAACAUGUUGAUGUUGGCCUGUGUCCAACCAAUAAGCAAACAUCGCCACAGCCCAAAAUGUUGUCCAACUAACACUAAAUGAAUUAGCCUUUCGAACGGUCUUCCUAGCACAUAGAGCCGUGAAGACAGGAAAUACUGUAAGACCAAAUCCAAAGCCUGAGUGGGAAGGCUGUAAUGAUAUUUAUAGAGUAGCAUUCAAGGACAGACUGUCUUGAGGAACAUGGGCAGAAAGAUAAUUAGCCAGAUAUGAUGACACAUGAAUUUGUGAAUGAAAGGACCUUUGACAGCAUGGGAAAGCAGAAGUGAUGGGAAGGAUUAGAGCUAGAGAAAAUAGCAGAAAAUCAGCAGAGGAAUAAAGGCAAAAAUAUUUUUGUCAUCUGGCCAGCCCAUUAGUCAUUUUAUUGUAAAGUUGUAGAAUCUAAAGAGUCACAGAUUUUGGUGUAACACUUGUAUCAUUAGUAUUAAGUGAAGUCAAGCAAUUGGUCAUUUUUACUAUAGUACCAUGUAAAUUUUAUCUCACAAGCAUGUUCUUAUCUGAAUCUGUCGGACAACAUUGGUUAUUUAGAAGACAUCAUUAUUGUAAUUUGAAUAAACAGUCCAGAGGAAGUGUGUAAGCCUCUCUGGUUAGUAAUAGCAUAAAGGCUGAAUCAUUCUGUGUUAUUAUUUGUACAUGCGUUACAAUGUGUUGUUAUACACAACUCAGUGGGUUUGAUAAGCAAGGUUUGAAAGAGUAGUGAACAGUGCAGAGUUACUGGCAGACUAUCAUACGUAAACCCAGCCCUUGCCCACACAGUCCUGCUGCCAUGGUAACAUGUUUGUGGUAUCAAUCAAUCAACAUCACAGAGGACCUGAUAUGGUCAUCACACAUCUCCACCGUGGUAAAGAAAGCUUAGAAAUAACUGUACUUCUUAGGGAAACUUAAUGAAGCUAAAUUCCCAUGCCGAGUUCUUGUUAACUUUUACAGAGGAGUAAUAGAAAACAUUCUAACUGGCAACAUCACAAACUGGCAUGGGAUGUGCACAGCCCAGGGCAGGAAGGUUCUGCAGCGGUUGAUUAAAACCGCCCAGAACAUCACUGGUACCCAUCUACCACUCGGUGAUGGUACUGAUCAAUGAUGCUGAUCAUUAGUGAUAUCGGUGAGGAGAGGUGCCUGUGCAGAGACUAAAGGAUAUUAAAAGACAAUACCCACCCCAACUACAGCCUGUUCAUCCUGCUGCCAUCUAGCAAAUGGUACAGAGGUAUCCGUGCUGCACCACCAGAGCAGUUUCUUUUCUCAGGCUGUGAGACAACUGAACUCAUCCCCCACGCUCCACCAUGAAAAUAGUUUUAUUUUUAUGACGUGAUUAUUUAUUCCUUCAUUUACAUAACUUUUGUUUUUGUAAGUAGCAUAGAGGGACUACAUCUGACUACAUCUUCAUUAUACAAUCUUGUAUCACAUAAUGAUUAAAUUGAAUCUGUACAGUCUGUCUAAUCGUGUUAAACACCUCUAACAAAAAAGUUAUACUUCUUUUUUAUGCUUUGAAGUUUGAGUUGGCCUUUCCAGUGCCACCAUAAAUGUGUUUUCAAGAAAUGUGGUAAAUCAUGUUGCAUUCAAAACUAUGUAUAAUCACAUUUAAAACCGCAAUAUGUUCACAUGAGCAGUGUGCACUUCACCCAAACAUGCUGUCAGUCUUAAGGGGUAAUGGUGUAAACAGGAGGAUUUUUCCAAUCCAGGAAAGGGCAAAUUUUACACUCAAUUCAUUGAUAGUGUAUUACACCUGUUGUAAAACUUACCUAUUAAAAAGAAUGUGCUGGAAAUGAAAAACACAUGAAAGUGCAUGCAAUGUGGAGAAAACCUAUACCAAAGAUCUGUCAGCUCUGUCUGAGAGAUGAUGGCUCAGAGCUGGUUGCAUGUCUGACUCAAGAUGCUGGAGGAACUUUAGAAUACUCUGCUGUAAAUGUGGUGAUGGAUUACAAAGGGAUCAUUAUACCAAUGCUGUAUUUGUGUUUGAAUGAAUUUGACUUUUUUCACCAUGGGGUUCAUUGUAAACUGAUAAAAAUAUAUGGAAAGGGUUUUUCUCUUUGUUUGUUUGUUUGUUUUAAUUGUAAAGCUCUGUUGUACAUGUAUGCCUAUAUAAACCUAUGUAACAAGUCUAAACGUGUGGGGGGGGUUUGUUUUGUUUUUUAAAAUUUAAUUAUUUAAUUCAUUGCUUGGGCACUAUUUUCUCUGAGUUGGUGCUAUGCAAAU